GAUUGUGAGUGGUGUUGUAAUUGUUGGGUUGCAAUGAUUGUACUGGUCAUCAUUUUGUAACUAUCUUUUAACUCUUCAUCCACCUGUCCUUCAACUCUGCAUCUCUAACAACCCAAAAACGAUAUCCAGAUUCCCCUUUCCGACUUCUUCCGAUUCUUCAUCCAUGGCUUCUCGCCGUCGCAUGUUAUUAAAAGUCAUCAUCCUCGGCGAUAGCGGGGUUGGGAAAACUUCACUGAUGAAUCAGUAUGUGAAUAGGAAGUUUAGUAAUCAGUAUAAAGCUACCAUUGGAGCUGAUUUUCUUACCAAGGAAGUUCAAUAUGAAGAUAGGUUGUUCACAUUGCAGAUCUGGGAUACUGCUGGUCAGGAGAGGUUUCAAAGUCUUGGGGUGGCUUUCUACCGAGGUGCAGAUUGCUGUGUUCUUGUUUAUGAUGUAAAUGUCAUGAAAUCUUUUGAAAACCUUAACCACUGGCGAGAAGAAUUCCUUAUUCAGGCCAGUCCAUCUGACCCUGAAAACUUCCCAUUUGUGGUGUUGGGAAACAAAGUAGAUGUUGAUGGUGGGAAUGGCCGUGUUGUUUCUGAGAAGAAAGCAAAGGCAUGGUGUGCUUCCAAGGGAAACAUACCAUACUUUGAGACCUCUGCAAAGGAGGGAUUUAAUGUUGAAGCUGCUUUUGAGUGUAUAACCAAAAACGCUCUCAAGAAUGAACCUGAAGAAGAAAUAUACAUGCCUGAAACGAUUGAUGUUGGUGGCGGUGGACGGCAACAGAGGUCAACAGGCUGUGAAUGUUGAUAAAAGUUCUUUGAAUAGUCAGCUUCACAUGCAAGAUUGGUACCAAAAUACUGCAUCCAUCAAAUUGGUGAUAUAUUCUGCAUCCUUCAAAUUGGUGAUAUAUACUGCAUUGUCAGCAAUGAAAAGGCUAGGGCAACUUGUCCUUCUUGGAUCUCACUAGUGGCUUAGAUUUUUUUCUUGUAUUUCAGCAAUAAUAUUUGUAACAAAUGUUGACAUCUUAUUUUUCAUCAGUAAAUAUAUGCUGAAACUUUCUUAAGUA